CUGACUAAAUGUGUAUAAAAUUAUAAACAAAAACUAAAUUUUCUCCAAUAUGUGUGGGUGAAAAAGAUGAGGGGGUUGGGGGAGUUCAGUUUUGAAGGCAAAGUAAUAUUUGGGGUUAGGGAAGGUAGAAGUCACGUGCUAUGCGUGGUGCAUUCUGACAAAUAACCUCUUUUGGCAUUGCCACUGUAGCUCUUCUCUCCUCAAACCAACUCCUUCAUUUCAUGGCAAUGCCUAGCUUUCGUGCUGCUUCUACUACUACCCAUUAUCUUCCACCUUCUCCAACGCCGUUUGCAUGCUCCAUAUUCCUCUAAACCAACCUAACCCUUCUCUCGUUCUUCCCUCUGCCACUCUCUUCAUGGCUCUUCCCUUCAACCUCGUAAACUCCUACCUCGUUCUGUUCUUCUUCUUGUGUUUUCUGCAUGUCACCGCAGAACAAAACAACGACAAGCUUUACCUUCUUUCCUUCAAAGAGGGUCUCCAAAACCCUCACCUUCUCCCUUCGUGGAACCCUGCCACCCCGCACUGCCACUGGGUCGGCGUCACGUGCCAACUCGGACGAGUCACUUCGCUCUCUCUUCCCAACCGCAACCUCAGAGGAACACUCUCUUCGUCGCUCUUCUCUCUCUCUUCGCUCUCUCUCCUCAACCUACGUGACAACCAGCUCACGGGAGAGAUCCCCGGCGAGCUCGGCGGGUUGCUUCAGCUGGAAACUCUCCGACUGGGCUCCAACUCGCUCGCCGGGAAUAUCCCGCCGGAGGUGGGGCUCUUGACGAAGCUAUGCACACUCGACCUCUCCGGGAACUCGCUCGUUGGAGAAGUGCCGGAGAGCGUAGGGAAUUUGACCCGGCUUGAGUUUCUCGACCUCAGCAACAACUUGUUAUCCGGUUCUCUUCCGGUGAGUCUCUUUACCGGAGCGAGGUCUUUGAUUUCCGUUGAUAUCUCGAACAACUCGUUUUCCGGCGUAAUCCCGCCGGAAAUCGGGAACUGGCGGAACAUCAGUGCCCUUUACGUGGGGAUUAACAAGUUGUCUGGGACUUUGCCGAGGGAGAUUGGGUUGCUUUCAAAACUUGAAAUUUUCUACUCUCCUUCCUGUUCCAUCGAAGGUCCUUUGCCUGAGGAAAUGGCGAAGCUGAAAGCGUUGACCAAGCUUGACCUUUCUUACAACCCCUUGAGGUGUUCGAUUCCCCGGUUCAUUGGGGAGCUGGAGAGCUUGAAAAUUUUGGACCUUGUGUUUGCCCAGCUUAAUGGGUCGGUGCCAGCCGAGCUUGGGAAGUGUAAGAAUUUGAGGUCUGUGAUGCUUUCUUUCAAUUCACUCUCUGGGUCUCUGCCUGAGGAGCUUUCUGAGCUUCCCAUGUUAACCUUUUCUGCUGAGAAAAAUCAGCUUCAUGGGCCUUUGCCUUCUUGGCUGGGGAAGUGGAGCAAUAUCGAUUCUCUUUUGCUCUCUGCUAACCGUUUUUCUGGGGUUAUUCCUCCUGAACUUGGGAAUUGUUCUGUGAUGGAGCACCUCAGUUUAAGCAGUAAUUUGCUGACAGGUCCUAUUCCUGAGGAGCUUUGCAAUGCUGCCUCACUUUUGGAGGUUGAUCUUGAUGACAACUUUCUCUCUGGUACUCUUGAGAAAGUGUUCGUCAAGUGUAAGAACCUUACACAGUUGGUUUUGAUGAAUAAUAGGAUUGUUGGUUCUAUACCCGAGUAUCUUUCUGAGUUACCCUUGAUGGUGCUGGACCUUGAUUCUAACAAUUUUAGUGGGAAAAUACCUUCUGGGCUGUGGAAAUCAUUGGCUCUGAUGGAAUUCUCCGCUGCUAAUAACCGUUUGGAGGGUUCUCUUCCUGUGGAGAUUGGGAAUGCAGUUAUUCUGGAGAGGCUUGUUCUUAGCAAUAAUCGUCUGACAGGUACUAUUCCUAAGGAAAUUGGGAGACUCUCAAAUCUCUCAGUUCUUAAUUUGAACGCGAAUAUGCUUGAAGGGAGUAUCCCAACUGAGCUUGGUGGCUGCACUUCCCUCACCACACUGGACCUUGGAAAUAAUAAGCUGAACGGAUCUAUUCCUGAGAAACUGGUUGAACUGAGUCAAUUGCAGUGUCUGGUUCUUUCUCACAAUAAUCUAUCUGGGUCCAUUCCUGCCAAAAAAUCUUCAUAUUUUCGACAGCGUAGCAUCCCUGAUCUAAGCUUUGUCCAGCACCUUGGCGUGUUUGAUCUCUCUCACAACAGAUUGUCUGGCCCCAUACCCGAUGAAAUUGGGAGUUGUGCAGUGGUUGUGAAUCUCUUAGUUAGCAACAACAUGCUCUCUGGUAGCAUUCCUAAAUCACUUUCACUGUUGACGAAUCUUACAACUUUGGAUCUGUCUGACAACUUGUUGUCGGGUUCCAUUCCACUGGAGCUUGGAGGUGUGCUCAAGCUCCAGGGUUUGUAUUUGGGACGUAAUCAGCUGUCAGGUACCAUCCCUCAAAGCUUUGGAAAGUUGACUAAUUUGGUGAAGCUGAAUUUGACAGGAAAUAAGUUGUCUGGUUCAAUUCCGGUGAGUUUUGAGAACAUGAAAGGGUUGACUCACUUGGAUUUGAGCUAUAAUGAGCUGAGCGGCGAGCUUCCUUCUUCUCUUUCAGGAGUGCAAAGCCUUGUUGGGAUUUAUGUACAAAAUAACAGGCUUUCAGGCCAACUAGGGGAGCUCUUCUCAAACUCCAUGACAUGGAGGAUUGAGACAGUGAAUUUAAGUGACAAUUGCUUCAAUGGGAACUUGCCGCGGUCUUUGGGAAAUCUUUCUUACCUGACAAAUUUGGAUCUUCAUGGAAAUAUGUUGACUGGAGACAUUCCUUUAGACCUUGGGGAUCUUAUGCAAAUGGAAUAUUUUGAUGUUUCAGGUAAUAAACUAUCUGGAAGGAUUCCAGACAAGUUAUGCGGCCUAGAUAAUCUGGUUUACCUAGAUGUGUCACGAAACAGGUUGGAAGGGCCGAUACCAAGUAAUGGUAUUUGCCAGAACCUACCCAGAUUUAGACUUGCAGGGAACAGAAACCUUUGUGGCCAGAUGUUGGGUAUAAUUUGUCAGGAUAAAAGCAUUGGAAGAUCAGUAUUGUAUAAUGCAUGGCGGCUUGCUGCAAUUGCGGUUACACUUUUACUGCUAACUCUAAGCAUUGCUUUUGUUCUGCAUAAAUGGAUUACCAGGAGGCAAACUAAUCCUGAGGAACUUGUGGAGCGCAAACUAAACAGUUAUGUUGAUCACAAUCUUUAUUUCUUGAGCAGUAGCAGAUCAAAGGAGCCAUUGAGUAUCAAUGUUGCAAUGUUUGAGCAGCCUCUUCUGAAAUUAACUUUGGUGGACAUCCUUGAAGCAACUGACAACUUCAGCAAGACAAAUAUAAUUGGAGAUGGAGGUUUUGGAACUGUGUACAAGGCCACUUUACCUAAUGGAAAAACGGUUGCAGUGAAGAAGCUUAGUGAGGCAAAAACGCAAGGUCAUCGUGAGUUCAUGGCUGAAAUGGAAACCUUGGGCAAGGUGAAGCAUCAAAAUCUCGUUGAAUUACUUGGAUAUUGCUCAAUCGGCGAGGAGAAACUGCUCGUUUAUGAAUAUAUGGUAAAUGGGAGCUUAGAUCUUUGGUUGAGAAAUAAGACCGGGGCACUUGAAAUCCUGAGCUGGAACAAACGUUACAAAAUUGCAACUGACGCUGCUCGAGGAUUAGCUUUCCUUCAUCAUGGUUUUAUACCUCACAUCAUUCACAGGGAUGUUAAAGCUAGCAACAUCUUGCUGAAUGAAAAUUUUGAGCCAAAGGUUGCAGACUUUGGACUGGCAAGACUGAUCAGUGCCUGUGAGACUCAUAUCACCACUGAUAUUGCUGGAACAUUUGGUUACAUUCCACCAGAGUAUGGACAGAGUGGGAGAUCCACAACAAGAGGAGAUGUUUACAGUUUUGGGGUCAUUUUGCUUGAACUUGUGACUGGUAAAGAGCCAACAGGACCAGAUUUUAAAGAGAUUGAAGGUGGUAACUUGGUUGGAUGGGUUACUCAGAAGAUCAAGAAGGGACAGGCUGCUGAUGUUCUUGAUCCAUCAGUUCUUGAUGCCGACUCAAAGCAGAUGAUGCUUCAAAUGCUGCAAAUUGCUUGUGUUUGCAUAUCUGACAAUCCUGCAAACAGGCCAACCAUGCUUCAAGUGCACAAAUUCUUGAAGGGGAUGAAGGGGGAGUACUUUGUCCAGCACCUUGGCGUGUUUGAUCUCUCUCACAACAGAUUGUCUGGCCCCAUACCCGAUGAAAUUGGGAGUUGUGCAGUGGUUGUGAAUCUCUUAGUUAGCAACAACAUGCUCUCUGGUAGCAUUCCUAAAUCACUUUCACUGUUGACGAAUCUUACAACUUUGGAUCUGUCUGACAACUUGUUGUCGGGUUCCAUUCCACUGGAGCUUGGAGGUGUGCUCAAGCUCCAGGGUUUGUAUUUGGGACGUAAUCAGCUGUCAGGUACCAUCCCUCAAAGCUUUGGAAAGUUGACUAAUUUGGUGAAGCUGAAUUUGACAGGAAAUAAGUUGUCUGGUUCAAUUCCGGUGAGUUUUGAGAACAUGAAAGGGUUGACUCACUUGGAUUUGAGCUAUAAUGAGCUGAGCGGCGAGCUUCCUUCUUCUCUUUCAGGAGUGCAAAGCCUUGUUGGGAUUUAUGUGCAAAAUAACAGGCUUUCAGGCCAACUAGGGGAGCUCUUCUCAAACUCCAUGACAUGGAGGAUUGAGACAGUGAAUUUAAGUGACAAUUGCUUCAAUGGGAACUUGCCGCGGUCUUUGGGAAAUCUUUCUUACCUGACAAAUUUGGAUCUUCAUGGAAAUAUGUUGACUGGAGACAUUCCUUUAGACCUUGGGGAUCUUAUGCAAAUGGAAUAUUUUGAUGUUUCAGGUAAUAAACUAUCUGGAAGGAUUCCAGACAAGUUAUGCGGCCUAGAUAAUCUGGUUUACCUAGAUGUGUCACGAAACAGGUUGGAAGGGCCGAUACCAAGUAAUGGUAUUUGCCAGAACCUACCCAGAUUUAGACUUGCAGGGAACAGAAACCUUUGUGGCCAGAUGUUGGGUAUAAUUUGUCAGGAUAAAAGCAUUGGAAGAUCAGUAUUGUAUAAUGCAUGGCGGCUUGCUGCAAUUGCGGUUACACUUUUACUGCUAACUCUAAGCAUUGCUUUUGUUCUGCAUAAAUGGAUUACCAGGAGGCAAACUAAUCCUGAGGAACUUGUGGAGCGCAAACUAAACAGUUAUGUUGAUCACAAUCUUUAUUUCUUGAGCAGUAGCAGAUCAAAGGAGCCAUUGAGUAUCAAUGUUGCAAUGUUUGAGCAGCCUCUUCUGAAAUUAACUUUGGUGGACAUCCUUGAAGCAACUGACAACUUCAGCAAGACAAAUAUAAUUGGAGAUGGAGGUUUUGGAACUGUGUACAAGGCCACUUUACCUAAUGGAAAAACGGUUGCAGUGAAGAAGCUUAGUGAGGCAAAAACGCAAGGUCAUCGUGAGUUCAUGGCUGAAAUGGAAACCUUGGGCAAGGUGAAGCAUCAAAAUCUCGUUGAAUUACUUGGAUAUUGCUCAAUCGGCGAGGAGAAACUGCUCGUUUAUGAAUAUAUGGUAAAUGGGAGCUUAGAUCUUUGGUUGAGAAAUAAGACCGGGGCACUUGAAAUCCUGAGCUGGAACAAACGUUACAAAAUUGCAACUGACGCUGCUCGAGGAUUAGCUUUCCUUCAUCAUGGUUUUAUACCUCACAUCAUUCACAGGGAUGUUAAAGCUAGCAACAUCUUGCUGAAUGAAAAUUUUGAGCCAAAGGUUGCAGACUUUGGACUGGCAAGACUGAUCAGUGCCUGUGAGACUCAUAUCACCACUGAUAUUGCUGGAACAUUUGGUUACAUUCCACCAGAGUAUGGACAGAGUGGGAGAUCCACAACAAGAGGAGAUGUUUACAGUUUUGGGGUCAUUUUGCUUGAACUUGUGACUGGUAAAGAGCCAACAGGACCAGAUUUUAAAGAGAUUGAAGGUGGUAACUUGGUUGGAUGGGUUACUCAGAAGAUCAAGAAGGGACAGGCUGCUGAUGUUCUUGAUCCAUCAGUUCUUGAUGCCGACUCAAAGCAGAUGAUGCUUCAAAUGCUGCAAAUUGCUUGUGUUUGCAUAUCUGACAAUCCUGCAAACAGGCCAACCAUGCUUCAAGUGCACAAAUUCUUGAAGGGGAUGAAGGGGGAGUAGUUCACUAGUAUUUACAUCAACAAUUAACUGAACUUUUCUAACACAAGCUCUAGACUAGUAAUCUAAUGUUAUGUAUGUAGAUUAUGGUUUAUCAAUCUAUAUAUGUAUAAAAGCUCUUUCUUAUCCAUCUGAUUUCAUGGCUUCACAAGUUGACAGAGAUGCUGAUUGAUUGAACUCCUGCAUAGUUCAGAUAUGCUUGUAAUGUGAUCAUGA